AUGGCUCUCACCUGCUAUGCACGUGUUGCAAUCUUCCUCUGUGCUCUAACCCUGUCAACUUCCCUCCACCGAACCUCUUCCAACCACGAAACCUUGAUUCAAGACGUAGCUAGAAAGCUCGAGCUCAAAGACAACGAGCUUCUAAACACAGAGAAGAAGUUCAAACUUUUCAUGAAAGAUUACUCCAAAAAAUACUCCACAAGACAAGAGUACCUGCUACGUCUCGGAAUUUUCGCCAAAAACAUGGUGAAAGCCGCGGAAAACCAAGCUCUUGAUCCCACCGCCAUCCACGGCGUUACACAAUUCUCUGAUCUCUCCGAGGAGGAGUUUGAACGUUUCUAUACCGGCUUUAAAGGCGGUUUCCCUUCUAGUAAUGCUGCCGGCGGAAUAGCGCCGCCUUUGGAUGUAGAAGGCUUGCCGGAGAAUUUUGAUUGGAGAGAAAAGGGAGCUGUUACUGGAAUCAAGACGCAGGGUCGAUGUGGAUCUUGUUGGGCUUUUAGCACUACAGGAUCAAUAGAAGGAGCCAAUUUUCUUGCGACCGGGAAGCUUGUGAGUCUUAGUGAACAACAACUUGUGGACUGUGACAACAAGUGUGACAUAACUACGGCAUCAUGUGACAAUGGUUGUAAUGGAGGUCUUAUGACAACUGCCUAUGAUUAUUUGAUUGAGGCUGGCGGAUUAGAGGAGGAAACUUCGUACCCUUACAUCGGUGAUCGAGGUGAAUGCAAGUUUGAUCCAAGCAAAAUAGCUGUUAGAGUCACAAAUUUCACUAAUAUUCCUGUGGAUGAGAAUCAAAUUGCUGCAUAUUUAGUUAACCAUGGUCCACUUGCAAUUGGGUUGAAUGCGAUUUUCAUGCAAACAUACGUUGGUGGUGUAUCAUGCCCUCUAAUCUGUAGCAAGAGAAGGUUGAACCAUGGUGUAUUGCUAGUGGGAUAUAAUGCACAGGGUUUCUCCAUUCUUAGGCUUAGGAAGAAACCAUAUUGGAUCAUCAAGAAUUCGUGGGGGGAACAAUGGGGAGAAAAAGGGUAUUACAAGCUUUGCAGAGGGCAUAGUAUGUGUGGAAUGAACACAAUGGUUUCAGCUGCCAUGGUGGCUCAAGUACAACCUGCUGAGAAUAAGUCCUAUGCUUCCUAUUAG